AUGAAGAACCAUUAGAGUUUCGGGAAAAAAUGAAAAAUGAAUUUUAUAAAUGGUUAGAUACUAGUCAAAUUAAGGUAGAAAAUGCUCCGGUUGAGUUAAAAUGUGCUUUAUUUAAUUUUCACGAAAUACUGGAAUGCCACUUCGAAAAAGCCCAACAAGACCGAGCCAAUCGAAAAAGAGAAUAUAAAAUUGGUUCUCCGGAAUACAAUAAAAAAAUGCAAGCGGUUUUUCAAAAAUCUCAGGAAGCAAUCCAAAGCGGAAAAGUUAAUGAAAUGGACAAUAGUCGUUUUAAUGGCGACCCUGCCGCAGGAAAAGCCACUUUUGAAACUAUUGCCCAUUCGCUUUCGGACACUGAACGAGACAAUUUUCACUUUUGA